AUGGUGACUCGUACUCUGGUUCCACGCCUGGCAAGAUUGCCUCUGUGCAGGAGUCUGCAAACGGCUGCCCCAGCCGCUACACUACGUGUCCCAGGCUUCGCAUUCGCGUUCGACAUUGACGGCGUCCUGGUUCGCAGUUCAGACGCCCUGCCACGGGCUCAUCAGGCACUUUCGUACCUUCAGGCGCAGCGCAUACCAUUCAUCUUACUCACCAAUGGCGGCGGUAAACACGAAUCCGAACGGGUGGCCGAUCUGAGCCGCAAACUACGUGUGCCUCUUGACACCAGCAUGUUUGUACAGAGCCACACUCCUUUCGCCGAUAUGGACCAAUACAAGGACAAGACGGUCAUGGUUGUAGGAGGGGACGAGGACAAAUGCAGAUACGUUGCGGAAGCUUACGGGUUCAAGACAGUCGUUACGCCCGGCGAUAUACUGGCAGCCUAUCCAGACGUCUGGCCUUUCUCACAACAGUUGUUGCCUUAUUACAAAACAUUCACACGACCUCUUCCGGCUCCCAUUGACCCCACUUCGCCCUCGUCCUCUCUUCGCAUCGAUGCAGUUUUCGUAUACAACGAUCCGCGCGAUUGGGGCCUCGACGCUCAGAUUAUUAAAGACGUCCUGCUCUCCGAGCGUGGCAUUCUGGGUACACUUUCUGCGAAGAAUGGGAAUAAAACUCUUCCAAACAAGGGCUAUCAGCAAGACGGACAACCAACUCUGUAUUUCUCGAACCCUGAUCUACUGUGGGCGGCUAAGUACCACUUGCCACGACUAGGCCAAGGUGGGUUCCGCGAGGCGCUGGAAGGUAUCUGGGCGGCCAUCACUGGAGGCGAACGGGAAGGAGUCAAGCUGCAGAAGGUUGUUAUGGGCAAACCAUACCAGUCCACAUUUGAAUUCGCUGAGAAACGACUGAUUGCGCAUCGGGACCACCUUCUCAAGGGAACCAACCAAGAAAUCAGGGCUCUGAAGCGUGUGUACAUGGUUGGUGACAAUCCUGCCAGCGAUAUAGCAGGCGGCAACAAUUAUGACAGUCGCUAUGGGACUGACUGGGCAAGCAUUCUAGUCAAGACCGGUGUCUACGUAGAGGGCUCGCCGCCGGCCGUUCAGCCACGGCAAAUUGUUGGCGAUGUAUGGGAUGCGGUGAGUUGGGCUGCUGCGCAAGAAGGCUGGACAGGUUGA